GACCGUGCGCACGCGCACUUGCAGCGCCCGGGACACCCCAUCGCUCUGUGGACAUUCCCGCUUCGCGCUGCGGUCCGCAGUCGGGGACGCGGGCUCGAGUUUGUUUAGUAAAACGUGAGGACCUCUUCAAGGCAGUCGUUUGGAGAACAGCUGUUCAUAUGACCGUAUUCCCAUUGGCUGUUAGUAUUUUGAGGUCAUUCGACUGGCGUUUUUACUGCUCCAAAAUCAACUUUUUCUCCAAAUUUCAGCUUUCUGGGCAAAACCGUGAGAUGGAAGAUUUUCGAGGUAUAGCAGAAGAAUCAUUUCCAAGCUUUCUCACCAAUUCAUUAUUUGGUAACAGUGGGAUUUUGGAAAAUGUCACUCUUUCUUCAAAUCUUGGCUUGCCGGUUGCUGUUUCCACACUUGCUAGGAAUAGAUCCAGCACUGAUAACAGGUAUCCUGAUGUCCAGUCAUCUUACUUAGUAGAAGAGAGAUUUUCAGUUCCAUCCGGGUCAUCUCCCGAAAGCCAGAGUGAUGCUGAACCAAGAGAGAGGUUACAGCUUAGCUUCCAGGAUGACGAUUCUAUCUCUAGGAAAAAGAGCUAUGUGGAAAGUCAGCGUUUGUCAAAUGCUCUCAGCAAACAGUCAGCUUCCCAAAUGGAGACAGCAGGACCAGAAGAGGAGCCAGCCGGAGCUACAGAAUCCUUGCAGGACCAAGAUCUCUUCAACAGGGCUUCACCACUGGAACAAGCACAAGACUCACCUAUUGAUUUUCAUUUACAGUCAUGGAUGAAUGAUAAGGAACCCAAGAUUGUUGUGCUCGAUGCUGGAAAAUAUUUUGAAGACAAGACUCUAAACAGUGACCUAAGCCACACUAGCUUAUUAGAAGAUGAGAAACUUGUGUUGCCGACAAGCUUGGAAGAUUCCUCUGAUGAUGAUAUUGAUGAUGAAAUGUUUUAUGAUGAUCAUUUGGAGGCUUAUUUUGAACAACUGGCAGUUCCAGGAAUGAUAUAUGAAGACCUAGAAGGACCAGAACCUCCAGAAAAAGGUUUUAAGUUACCCACAAAUGAUCUUAGUCAGGCAAAUGAAAAUGGUAGCUUAAACUGCAAGUUUCAAUCAGAAAAUAACAGCUCUCUGAUUUCCCUUGACUUACACUCUUCUGAAACAACUCGCAAAGAGUCUGAGGAAAGCCAAGUUUUUUGUCUACCUGGGACUAGUAAUUCUGUUGGUGCUGGAGGUAGUAGAAGGCACACAGGUGGUCUGUUACCAUUUUCCUCUGGUACUUGGGGAAUUGAGAAAGAAAUAGAAAAUGUGAAGGGUAUCGUUCCAGAUCUCAGCAGCGAAAGUACAAGUAAAGAUGUUCUGGUGAAGACCCUCAGGGCUACUGACCUGAAACUUAACUCUGAUAAUUUUCAUGAUGCAAGUGCCAAUAGAGGUGGUUUUGACCCGACUGACCCUGUAAAACAGGGGGUGGAGUGUCCUCAUCAAAAUAAGACAGUUUUGCACAUGGAUGGAUGUUUAGACACUGAGACUCCUACAGUGUCCAUUCAAGAAGAUGUGGAUGUAGCCUCUUUGAAGCCUAUUAGUGACAGUGGAAUUAAUUUCAGUGAUGCCCUUUGGUCACCAACUUGUGAAAGGCGAACAUGUGAAUGUCACGAGUCCAUCGAAAAGAAUAAAGACAAAACAGAUCUCCCACAGAGUGUGGUCUAUCAAAAUGAAGAGGGUAGGUGGGUCACAGACCUCGCCUAUUACACAUCUUUUAAUAGCAAACAAAAUUUAAAUAUGUCUCUAAGUGAUGAGAUGAAUGAAGACUUCAGAUCUGGUUCUGAAGCAUUUGAUUUGAUUGCACAAGAUGAAGAAGAAUUUAAUAAAGAACAUCAAUUUAUACAGGAAGAAAACAUAGAUGCUCAUAAUGCUUCGGUCGCACUGGGCGAUAUGUCCUGGGGAGCUACAAUUAAUCACAGUCUGUUGAGGAAAUCACAUAGCACAUCAGAUUUGGAUAAAGAUGAUGCCAGUUAUUUACGUCUAUCUUUAGGAGAGUUCUUUGCUCAAAGAUCUGAAGCGCUUGGUUGCCUUGGUGGUGGUAACAAUGUGAAAAGACCGUCAUUUGGCUAUUUUAUUAGAUCACCAGAGAAGACAGAACCUAUUGCCUUAAUAAGAAAAUCCGAUGUAUCGAGAGGUGAUUUGGAAAAAGAAAUGGCUCAUCUUAACCAUGAUCUAUAUUCAGGAGAUUUAAAUGAACAGUCCCAGGCACAGCUAAGUGAAGGAUCAAUUACACUUCAGGUUGAAGCAGUGGAGAGGACUUCACAAGUGGAUGAAAAUGAUGUGACGUUAAUGGCUGAUAAAGGCAAAACAGAGGACACUUUCUUUAUGAGCAACACACCCCAAAGAUACAAAGACAAGCUACCAGACAGUGGCGAUUCUGUGCUUAGGAUCAGCACCAUUGCGUCAGCCAUUGCAGAGGCAUCAGUUAAUACGGAUCCUUCCCAACUUGCUGCUAUGAUCAAGGCACUUUCAAAUAAAACCAGAGACAAGACUUUUCAGGAAGAUGAGAAACAGAAGGACUGUUCUCACGUGUGUCAUUUCUUAGCUUAUGAUUUAGAAAAAAGUAAUGGAUCCAAUGUGUUUGAUAUGGAGAAGUACCUUAAAAAAACUGAAGUUAGUAGAUAUGAAAGUGCAUUGGAAAACUUUUCAAGGACUGGUAUGUCUGAUACUUGGGAUUUAUCUUUGCCCAAAGAACAAAUUACUCAAGACAUUCAUACAGUGGACUUAAGUGCUACUAGUGUAAGUGUGAGGGAACCAGAAGAAAACACAGCAGCUAUUGUUUAUGUUGAAAAUGGAGAGAGUGAGAGUCAAGAGUCGUCUAGAACCGUAAACUCUUCAAAUUCAGUUACAAAUGUGAGAGAGAAUAGCAGUGCAGUAGUUGACGUGAAGACACGUUCCAUUGACGACAAAUUACAAGAUGUUGGUAACAAUGAAAAAACUACCUCAGUUUCCACUCCAUCUGAUAGUUAUUCAUCAGUGAGGAACUCCAGAAUAACAUCCCUUUGUCUGUUAAAAGAGUGUGAAGAAAUACGAGAUAGUAGAGAAAAUCAGAGGCAAAAUGAGUGUGUCAGUGAAAUAAGCAACAGUGAGAAGCAUGUGACUUUUAAAAACCAUUGCAUAGUCUCACCUAAAAAUAGUGAUUUGAAAAAUCUCUCUCCUGAGCAUGGUGGACGUGGCUCAGAGGAUGAGCAGGAGAGCUUCAGACCUUCCACAUCACCACUGAGUCAUUCUUCUCCCAGUGAAAUUUCCGGAACAAGUUCAUCAGGGUGUGCGUUAGAGUCCUUUGGUUCAGCAGCUCAGCAGCAGCAGCCUCCCUGUAAGCAGGAGUUGUCUCCCUUGGCGUGCUCGCCUGCUGGGGUGAGCAGGCUGACGUAUGUGUCUGAACCAGAGAGCUCCUGUCCUGCCACAACCACAGAUGAUGCCCUGGAGGACCGCAAGAGUGAUAUCACCAGCGAGUUGAGUACCACAAUUAUUCAAGGCAGUCCAGCCGCAUUGGAGGAACGGGCUAUGGAAAAAUUGAGAGAAAAAGUUCCAUUUCAGAAUAGAGGAAAAGGAACAUUAUCAUCUAUUAUCCAGAAUAACUCUGAUACAAGAAAAGCAACUGAAACCACUUCUCUGAGUAGCAAGGCUGAGUCUGUAAAACCUGACUUUAAAUGGAGUAAAGAUCCCUCCUCCAAAAGUGGAAAUCUGUUGGAAACCAAUGAGGUAGGUUUGACAUCAAACCCUGAAGAAGUGGACCUGAUCAGGCUGGCUCUCCUGGGCAAGUCAGGUCUGAGCUGUCAGGUGGGGUCAGCCACAUCACGUCCUGUGUCCUGCCAGGAGCCUGUAGAUGAAGAUCAAAGAAUAAUUCCUAAAGAUAAGUCAACUGCUGGCCGUGAGUCCGGGGGCCAGGUUUCUCAUCAGACCACCUCUGAAAACCAGUGCACUCCUGUUCCCAGCAGCACAGUUCGCGGCUCUGUGGCUGACGUGCAGGACGUGCCUGCUGCUGUGCACGCGCUCUUGGCGCAGCCCCCUCUCAGCACAGCUCCCUUUGCUCAGCGGUAUUUGGGAACGCUCCCUUCGGCUGGAAGCACCACCUUGCCUCAGUGUCAUGCUGGCAGCGCCACAGUCUGUGGCUUCUCAGGAGGCCUCCCCUACCCAGCCGUCGCAGGAGAGCCUGUGCAGAGCUCGCUGGCUAUGGGGAUUUGUCUGGGGUCAAAUAUCGGCUCUGGAUGGACGGGCCCCUCUUCCCUCUGUAACCCGUAUUCUAAUACCUUAAAUCAGAACCUGCUAAGCACAACAAAACCUUUUCCUGUGCCGUCUGUUGGUACCAACUGUGGAAUUGAACCAUGGGAUUCAGGAGUGACAUCAGGAUUGGGGAGUGUCCGAGUGCCGGAGGAGUUGAAGCUUCCUCACGCUUGCUGUGUCGGGAUCGCUUCCCAGACCCUCCUCAGUGUGCUCAAUCCAACCGACCGCUGGCUGCAAGUCAGCAUCGGGGUCCUCAGCAUUAGUGUGAAUGGUGAAAAGGUGGAUCUUUCAACAUAUCGUUGUUUAGUUUUCAAGAAUAAAGCCAUCAUAAGGCCUCAUACCACAGAAGAGAUAAAAGUGCUUUUUAUCCCAUCCAGUCCUGGGGUUUUCAGAUGCACAUUCAGUGUUGCUUCUUGGCCGUGUUCGACAGAUGCUGAGACCAUCGUACAGGCGGAAGCUUUGGCCAGCACCGUCACUCUCACUGCCAUUGCCGAGAGUCCUGUUAUCGAGGUAGAAACAGAAAAGAAAGAUGUUCUUGAUUUUGGUGACUUGACUUAUGGAGGCUGGAAAGCUCUCCCACUAAAAUUGAUAAACCGAACGCAUGCCACUGUGCCAAUUAGACUGAUUAUUAAUGCUAACGCCGUAGCCUGGCGCUGUUUCAUGUUUUCCAAGGAACCCGUCCGAGCUCCUGUGGAAGCUGCUCCUUGCACUGAUGUGGUCACCCGGCUAGUAGGCCCUUCUGUGGUCAACCACAUGAUGCCUGCUAGUUAUGAUGGACAGGAUCCAGAAUUUCUGAUGAUUUGGGUUCUUUUCCAUAGUCCAAAGAAACAGAUCAGCUCUUCAGAGGUUCUGGACUCAGCAGAAGAAUUCUUCGCAAAAGUUGAUAUAGAAGUAGACAGCCCAAACCCUACGCCAGUUCUUAGAAGUGUGAGUCUCCGAGCAAGAGCGGGAAUAGCUAGGAUCCACGCUCCCAGGGACUUGCAGACGAUGCAUUUCUUGGCCAAAGUGGCUUCCUCAACAAAGCAGCACUUACCUUUGAAAAAUGCUGGGAACAUUGAAGUUUAUUUGGAUAUCAAGGUCCCAGAACAAGGAAGUCACUUUUCAGUGGAUCCAAAGAAUCUAUUCCUUAAACCUGGAGAAGAACAUGAGGUUAUUGUUUCAUUUACUCCAAAGGAUCCUGAAGCCUGUGAGGAAAGGAUGUUGAAAAUACUUGUGCAGCCAUUUGGACCUCAGUAUGAAGUCAUGUUAAAAGGUGAAGUCAUUUCUUCAGGAAGUAAACCUGUGUCACCUGGACCUUGCUUAGAUAUGCCAUCGAUUUUGUCCAACAAACAGUCUCUGGCUUGGGGAGGCGUCCCUCUUGGUAGAGCACAGCUUCAGAAACUAGCUUUGAGAAAUAAUUCUGCAUCCACAACGCAACAUUUACGACUGCUAGUUAGAGGACAAGAUCAGGACUGCUUUCAGCUUCAGAACACUUUUGGUUCAGAACAGCGAUUGACCAGUAACUGUGAGAUCAGAAUUCACCCAAAGGAAGACAUUAUCAUCUCUGUAUUAUUUGCACCUACUCGAUUAUCUUGCAUGUUGGCUAGACUAGAAAUCAAACAACUUGGAAACCGAUCACAACCAGGCGUAAAGUUCACAAUACCUUUGUCUGGAUAUGGAGGAACAAGCAAUCUUAUUUUGGAAGGCGUUAAAAAAUUAUCUGACAGUUACAUGGUAACAGUGAAUGGCUUAGUACCUGGCAAAGAAAGUAAAAUUGUUUUUUCUGUCCGCAACACUGGCUCCCGAGCAGCUUUUGUUAAAGCAGUAGGUUUUAAGGAUUCUCAGAAAAAAAUUUUGCUGGAUCCUAAAGUAUUGAGGAUUUUUCCAGAUAAAUUUGUACUCAAGGAAAGAACACAAGAAGAUGUUACUUUAAUAUAUAAUCCAUCAGACAGAGGAAUCAAUAAUAAAACUGCAACAGAACUAUCAACUGUAUACUUAUUUGGUGGAGAUGAAAUUUCAAGACAGCAGUAUCGCAGGGCCCUGUUACAUAAGCCAGAGAUGAUAAAAGAGAUACUUCCAGAACACAGUGUGUUUCAAAACAUUAAUUUUGUUGAAGCGUUUCAAGAUGAGCUAUUAGUAACUGAAGUAUAUGAUAUUCCCCAACGGCCUAAUGAUGUUCAGCUCUUUUAUGGAAGCAUGUGUAAAAUUAUACUUUCAGUAAUUGGAGAAUUCAGAGAUUGCAUUUCUAGCAGAGAAUUCCUUCAGCCUUCUUCCAAAGCUAGCUUGGAAUCUACAAGCGACUUGGAAGCUUCUGGGAGACAUGGUGGCAACAUCUCUUUGGAUGUUUUACCAGUCAAAGGUCCUCAAGGUUCUCCUCUUCUCUCACAGGCGGCUCGCCCGCCUCCGGAUCAGCUGGCCUCCGGAGAGCCCUGGACUGUCCUGCCCGAGCACUUGAUUCUAGUAGCUCCUUCUCCUUGUGACAUGGCAAAAACUGGACAUUUUCAGAUUGUGAAUAACUCUGUGAGGUUAUUGAGAUUUGAGCUGUGCUGGCCAGCGCAUUGCCUCACAGUCACACCGCAGCAUGGAUGUGUCGCCCCAGAGAGUAAACUACAAAUUCUUGUGAGUCCUAAUUCCUCCUUAUCCACAAAACAGUCAAUGUUCCCCUGGAGUGGUUUGAUCUAUAUACACUGUGAUGCUGGACAGAAGAAAAUUGUGAAAGUUCAGAUUCGAGAAGAUUUAACUCAGGUGGAACUUUUAACUCGUUUGACCUCCAAACCAUUUGGAAUUCUUUCCCCAAUAUCUGAGCCUGCAGUCAGUCAUUUGGUGAAACCAAUGACAAAACCGCCUUCCACAAAAGUUGAAAUAAGAAAGAAGAGUAUUACUUUUUCUACAACAGAACCUGGUGAAACUUCAGAGAGCUGUCUGGAACUCGAGAAUCACGGCACCACAGACGUGAAAUGGCAUCUGUCAUCUUUAGCUCCACCUUAUGUCAAGGGAGUUGAUGAAAGUGGAGACGUUUUUAGAGCCACCUAUGCAGCAUUCAGAUGUUCUCCUAUUUCUGGUCUACUGGAAAGCCAUGGGAUCCAAAAAGUCUCCAUCACAUUUUUGCCCAGAGGUAGAGGGGAUUAUGCCCAGUUUUGGGAUGUUGAAUGUCACCCUCUUAAGGAGCCUCACAUGAAACACACUUUGAGAUUCCAACUCUCUGGACAGAGCAUCGAAGCGGAAAAUGAGCCUGAAAACGCACCCCUUUCCACAGAUUCCCUCGUUAAAAUCGAUCAUUUAGUGAAGCCCCGAAGACAAGCUGUGUCGGAGGCUUCUGCUCGCAUACCUGACAGGCAGCUUGAUGUGACUGCUCGCGGAGUUUAUGCCCCAGAAGAUGUGUACAGGUUCCUGCCGACUAGUGUAGGGGAAUCACGGACACUCAAAGUCAAUCUGCGAAAUAAUUCUUUUAUUACACACUCGCUGAAGUUUUUGAGUCCCAGAGAGCCAUUCUAUGUCAAACAUUCCAAGUACUCUCUGAGAGCCCAGCAUUACAUCAACAUGCCCGUGCAGUUCAAACCGAAGUCCGCAGGCAAAUUUGAAGCUUUGCUUGUCAUUCAAACAGAUGAAGGCAAGAGUAUUGCUAUUCGACUAAUGGGUGAAGCUCUUGGAAAAAAUUAACUAGAAUACAUUUUUGUGUAAAGUAAAUUACAUAAGUUGUAUUUUGUUAACUUUAUCUUUCUACACUACAAUUAUGCUUUUGUAUAUAUAUUUUGUAUGAUAAAUUGGAUAUCUAUAAUUGUAGAUUUUUUUUACAAGCUAAUACUGAAGACUUGACUGAAAUAUCAUGUAUCUAGCCUACAGUAUUGUACUUAACUGUUACAGGUGAGAAGACAGUUCUCUGUUUGCACUGAUUAUGAUAUUCUGAAUAAAUAUGGAAUAUAUUUUAAUGUAUAUCCAGAAGUUUUUCAGUAAGCUUGUCUUUUUCUAUAAUGUCAUACAGAAAUUAAAUAUCACUUUAUUCUGUUAAUUAUUUUCAA